ACUACCAGUGCUGCUGGGUAAUUUAGCUGCGAGACGACCGACCUCCCAGCUGGCGUUACAUGUAAUAUAUGUAUUAACUAAUAUGUUUUAAUUAACAGGGCUAAGGGUAUCAGCUGUGCGAUUUUAAAUUGUACUCCGAGCGAAGGAGUUAAUCGCUGAAAGAUGGGGGAGUGUAAGAGCAAUCCUCUGGGCCGGGUAACGGUGUACUCCAUCCAGGGCUGCCCACACUGCAUGAAGGCUAAGGCCACUCUUGGGCGUUUGGGAGUACCCGUAUGUGAGGUGGAUAUUGGAAGACAUCCAGAGCUAAGAGCCAAGGUGAAGGAGCUGACGGGACGCAGCACAGUCCCUCAGAUCUUCUUCAACAACAUUCAUGUUGGGGGCAACGAUGACCUACAGAAAUUGGCUCCUGAGGAGCUUCAGAGGUUGGUGAAUCUGGUCAAGGAGGAACCUCUUCCAGCAGAUGCUCCCCCACUACCGGAGGAGAACCAAUCAGAGGACAUAGCUGGGGAGACUGAUGGAGAGAUUAUGUGUGAGAGAGAUGAGUUUGCCGACCUGGUAGAGGACCUCAAACAUGCCGGUGUGAUUGGCAGUCAUAGGAGGGGACUGACAUUAUACAAAAAGAGCUUCUCAGGUGAUCAACUGGUUGACUGGCUGCAGAACGAGAAGGGCAUGGCCAGGGCUGAGGCCUGUAGUGCUGGCCAAGCUUUGUUGCAGAAGAAGUACAUGGUCAGUGUGCGUGGCUGUGGGCGGCAGGACGGCAGCUUUGGAGAAGGCAAAGACACCAUGGACACACUGUACAGGCUGCUGGAGGACGACCCUCACUCGGCCCUCAACGCAGGACAGACGGCAUCCUGCGCUCCCAUCCCUGCUGCUGAGCUCUCUUUGCUUUUACGGGAGAUGAUUCUAAAAUUGUUCUCGGAGCAUCUCUCUGCUGAUGGCAAGUCUGUGGACUACAAAGGCAUGUCGGUGAACCCUGCCUUUGAGCGCUACUCUGAGCUCGCCAUUCAGCUGCAGAGGGUGGAGCUGCUGUCGCUGAGUCGGGAGGAGAAGCUGGCCUUCUUCAUUAACAUCUAUAACGCCUUGGUCAUCCAUGGAAACCUACGCCUGGGGGCCCCCACCAACAUGUGGCAAAGAUACAGAUUCUUCAACUACGUGAGCUACCUGAUUGGAGGAGAAGUGUUCACACUGCAGGACAUUGAGAAUGGUGUUCUGAGAGGGAACAGAAAAGGCGUCGCACAGCUCCUGAGACCCUUCUCCAAAACGGACCCGCGGCUACAAGUGGCACUUCCAGAUGCUGAGCCUCUCAUUCAUUUUGCCUUGAACUGUGGCGCCAAGGGCUGCCCACCAAUUAAAACAUACACUCCCCAGGACAUUGACAGCCAGCUCCGCACGGCGGCUGAGGCCUUCCUGGAGAACGACGACGGCUGUGUGGUGGAUUCUGGGAAAAGAGAAGUGCGACUCAGUCAGAUAUUCAAGUGGUACAAAGAUGACUUUGGAGGCACUGAUGAGAAGCUGCUGAACUGGGUGGUGGAGCACAUGGGCGACUCUCCGAAGAAGACCAGCCUGCAGGGCGUCCUCUCCGCCGGGAAGACCAAAGUCCGCUUCCUCCCCUACGACUGGAGCACCAACAGUACCCACUGAGCACGCACACGCAAAUACACACACGUCCUGCUACACGCUCUCACACGCCUCUUCACAUCUGUCCACUUUCUACUGAGCUGCACCUACUUUAAAUCCAAACGGCUGGUGUCGACGUGCUCGCCUAACGCAGUCUGCCAUGCAAAUGGUUCUGUUCAAACUGUUAAUCCAAGUGGUGAGAGGGGCUCGUUUGCACUCUACCAUAGACUCAUACUUCUCUUGCAGGCUUAUCCUAGCUUUAUGCUCUUACCGUAAGUCCCCACACCCUCUGUUUGGAAGUCAUGUUCUGCAUAUGAGUUGUACAUUCAAGUUGCAUUGGUUUGAAGUAAUAACACCUGAGAGCUUAUUUUAGAAAUCAAGCUGCACACAGAAACUACAGCAGCAUGAUUCAUAGGAAGCAUCUUAUGCUUGUUAAGCGUGUUAUUGACAUCCGUUAUUAAUGUCUCAUGUAAAAUGUCAAAGCCUGAAAAUUGACAUGCUUUUCCACAUCAUAUUUUAGAGUAACUUAGAAAGCCAACCAAAAGCAUGCUGAAUAAUAGUAACAAUCAUCAAUAUGGCUUCUGCUAGUCCUUGUUUUUAAACACCAUGUCAGCAACUCAGGAGUCAUUGACUAUCACGAUCUGUCGAGCACAGCACUCGUUGGGCUAUUCGUGUGGAGCGUUUAAUCAGAGCAGAUGGAGACGAUAACUUGGCUGACCCAAACACACUGCCUUGACAAGCCAUAUCAAAACCCUUUGAACUUACAGACUCGCUCAUGUUUACCAGUUUCUGCAGACUCCCCAUAAAGCCGCUCCACCGUUUCAACGCCAUUUUGAAUCUGCAGAUGUAAACAAGUUGUUGUUUUUCUACAGGGAAGGAAAGUAAUAGCUGUUGCGGUUUUAACACAUAAUCGAAAUGGGACAUUAGUGCGUACGCCCAGUGGAUAUUAAGCACUGAAAUAUAAACACAACUCCGCUUGUGGCUGGAAAACACCAGAUGUCAACUUUUGUAUCCCCUGAAGUCUUUCUUUGUGGAAGGCAUCCUUUUGUAGGAUCCAGUCUCUGAAUUUAAAAUCACACAGCGACUGUGUUCUUGUUUAGGGCGUACAGACAGAUGCAGAACGGUGGCUUUCGCAUGUCUUGAUCAGUUUCAAUUUCUAAGCCCUUGUGGUGUUUUCCGUUUCAUUUGAACCUACCCCCUCUUUUUGAUCCAAGUCUUCCAUUUUGAAUUGGAAAAGUGCUCCUGCUGUGUUUUCAGCACAGCCGUUUAUUAAAAGAUUAUAAUACUGCGAAUUCUUGAAAUAUUUAUCCAACCUGCACCCCUUCGCACCAUUGCACUUUGCAUGCACCUUUGAAUGCUCUUGAGACAUAAUUGUACCGCACUCCAGGGUGUCUGAGGGAAUUGAAAAAAAGUCUUUAAAAUAUUCUUCAUUAGUCAACUCAGUGGUCAUGGAUACAGUUAAAUGUAGCAGUUUAAGUUUGGAUUAGUUUGCAGGUUUGGGUGUGCUGAGUUUGUGCCUACACAGGCCCACGACACUGUACAAGCAUCCUUUUUUUUCCCAAUUUUCAAACCCAACUUCAUUGUUUAUCCAUCAUACUGGGCCUUAAAACUUUGUAAGACUUCUUUGUUUUUAACAUGAUACAUGUACCAGUGUGAUGAUCACAGAUGAAGUUAAUAUAAUUACUGUAUAUAAGGAGUGUGUGGCUUGGAAAAAACUCAGUUUAGGGUUCUUUUCUCUGUUUCCGUAAUUCAAAGAUUUACUUAUCUCAGGUCAAAGAAAAAUGAGAGCGGAAACAUUAAGCUGUUCGAUGCAAUUAACGCACAUGUCCGUUGCAUGUUGUGUAUAGUCCUUAUAAUUUCAUGUGCUCAUUCUGCAUUCUGCCAUUCUCCCUUUUGUGAAGACUUUGUCUCAUGCACAUUACUGUAACUGUCAGUUUCUUUUCCUCUCAGCUACAAGCAGCACCAAAGCAUAUGGUUAAAUUAGCAUGUGUUAAAACUGGAAUGCAUUUACGGCAUGAGUUGCUGGAAAACUGUUCAGUCUUGAAUGCUGGCCUGUAGCAGGGCUGCCUCUGUCACUGCUUUGUUUCUAGCCUGUAAGCUCAGCCACUAACAAUAGUUGGACCUUAACACGUACCCCCACUUUGACAAACAAAGUGUCAUUUAGACCUGAAUAUCAGAAAACAGCAGUGUAAACCCAAAUAUUGUGAAGCUGGUCAUCAUUAAACUGUCUACUAAAAUGUGCAUCGUAUAGUCUGAACAACAGACUGCACUUUUCCUGUGAAUACAUGCCUUCAGUGACAAGUGCACCCUUGGUUUACUAAACUUAACUCCAUUAUUCAGUGACUGAGAGUGAAACAAAAAGGGGAGGUUUUAUUCACUAUAUUGAUGAGUUCUGUCCUUUUUCAAAAUUACCUCAUGUAUCAGGAAAAUGUGAUGCAAAAACUUUUUUAAAUAAGCAAUUCUAAUUUAAUCAUUAUAUUUUCCUCUUUCCUGGGGUUAACAAUGAAGCAAUAUGUUUAUGAAUAGUAAAUAUGCAAUGCUGAACUUAAAAAAUAAAAUAUAUUAUGA